AUGACAGAUCGAUAUAAUGGGAUUAUUGAUGAUCAAAUUACAGCAUCAUCUUCAUUCUCAGAUCAAACAACACCAAAUUAUGGAAGACUGCAUAUAUCGGAUGCGUAUUUAUUCGAUCAAGAAUUACAAGGUGCAGGUGCAUGGGUUGCCUUGGAUCAAGAUGAUAAACAAUGGAUACAAAUUGAUUUAUUAAAACGUAAAGUCAUACAGAGUGUAGCUACUCAAGGCAGACAAGGUGCAAGGCAAUGGGUACAAGACUAUUAUAUUCAUUAUACGGAUUCAGAUGAACCAGUUCAUUGGUCUGUGAUAAAAGAUGAUAUGGGUCAACCAUUGCUGUUCGAUGGAAAUGUUGAUGACAAUACUGUAAAAUUCAAUAAUUUCUCCUAUCCAAUUGUUGCGCGUUUUAUACGCUUAAAUCCACAAAGAUGGCAUGAUUUAAUUUCACUGAGAAUGGAGUUAUUCGGCUGUGAUUAUCGUCCAUUUGUUGCUUAUUUAGAUGGUACAAGUUGGAUUGACCUACGCUUAGAUCUUCCAGGACGUGCAACUCAAACUGUUAUGGAUGAAAUAAGCUUUAGAUUUCGUACAAGAGAAGUGAAUGGUCUGAUAUUGUACGGGGAUUCAAGUCAGGGUGACUAUUUUUGUGUAGAGCUUUAUAGAGGAAGAUUACGAGUUCGUGUUAAUCUCGGUACAGUUCCCUUAUCCAGUGAACCCACUGAUAAUACAGUGGAUGCAGGCAGUCUCUUAGAUGAUGAUCAGUGGCAUGAUGUUAAAAUUAUUAGAGAACAAAAGAAUUUAAACAUAUCUGUUGAUCGAAUUAAAGUGUGGAGGAACAUCUCAGCUAUAUUCCUACAUAUGAACAUGAAUCGAAAUCUAUCAGUUGGAGGUUUGCCAGACUUUUCAAAUCGUCGGGGUGUAAGCGUCAGUCAGAAUUUUAUUGGCUGCAUAGAAGAGUUUAUUUUCAAUGGUGUACACAUAAUAAGAGAUGCUCAACGAUCAUUGUUGAAAAUUACUCAAUCACAAACUGAUGGUAACCUAGAAAUCCCGUGGGAAGAAGCUCUUGGCUAUCCAAAACGCAAUUCUUUUCUAUGGUGGGGUCCACCUGUUACUGAAGAGAAACUUAAUAUCAGUGGAUUGGCUAUCGGUGGCUCAGGUGUAAUAGGAACAGAAUGUCCAGGUGGUGUGAUAGACAAUACUGUUUUAACAUUUCCUGAUGUUCAACAAUAUAUUGUCUUUUUAAAAAUUGAACGAGAUGGCGGGACAAAUGUUUUACAAUUUGAAUUUGGUUUCCGAAGUCUUAAUAGAGGUGGAAUAUUAUUUUAUCAUACUGUUGAUAAGGACAAUAAUUACAUAUCUUUUGGCAUGGAAGAUCAUACUGGACAUUUAACCUUGGAAAUUAUACUGCCUGGUGUAUAUAUUAUUAAAUAUACCAUACAGAAUAAAGAUUCUGCAGCCAGUAAUGGAACAUUUGCUGAUGGUUUAUGGCAUUCUGUUAAAUUCAGUAUGUCACAAAAUUUAGUGAAGCUUACCGUGGAUAACAUUGUCUACACUACUGUACAAAAUAUGACAUUACCGUUGUAUUUCGAUAAAGUCUCAUAUAUUGGUGGUGGUCGACCGCAACGUUAUUCAUUUCAAGGUUGUCUACGACAGAUACGUAUCAAUGGAAUUGAUGUGGAAUGGGAUAAAUUAGAUCCAUCAGCUCGUCAUCGAAGUAUUAUUAAUGGAAGUUGUAUGAUACAAGAUCGAUGCAAUCCAAAUCCAUGUAAACAUGAUGCUCCAUGUUCACAGACUGGUGCCACCUUUUACUGUGAUUGUACAAACACUGGUUAUGCAGGAGCUGUAUGCCAUCAAAGUGAAUAUUUCACAUCAUGUUCAGAAGCUGGACUGUUUUAUUCUCUUCAACAGUCGACAAUUAACAUCACUAUUGAUAUGGAUGGAUCUGGUGUAUUAAAGCCUAUUGAGGUGACAUGUGAUUUUACAGAUCAGAACACAGUUAUGACACUGUUAAAUCAUGAUGCUCCUGGUGAUAUUAUAGUUGAUGGUUAUCAAGCUCCUGGUUCAUACAGACGUAAAUUAAAUUAUGGACGCGCUGACAGAGAUACGCUAGGGGAACUGGUACGACGAGCGGUUGAGUGUGAUCAAUCGCUUACUUAUCAGUGUUGGAAUGCGAAACUUCUUCAAUUGCCUGCCGGAGGUGGAACAACUUAUGAAAAUCGUGCUUGGGGAUGGUGGGUUAGUCAAGAAGGCAGACCACAGUUUUAUUGGGGCGGGGGAGUACCAGGUUUACAAAAAUGUGCAUGUGGCGUCGAGGGAACAUGUACAGGAGAUUCGUUAACUUGUAAUUGUGACAGUGAUGGAUCAGCAACUCCACCGUUAGUUGACACAGGAUUAUUACAAUUUAAGGAUCAUUUACCAGUUAUGGAAGUUCGAUUUGGUGAUACCGGUGGAAUCAAUGAUAAUAAACGUGCAGCCUAUCGAGUUGGACCACUGCGUUGUUAUGGUGAUAAGUUAUUUGAUAAUACUGUCACUUUUCGAAAGGUGGAUGCAAAUCUUGAAUUACCACCAUUAUAUUCAGAAUUUGCAUUUGAUAUGUCAUUUAUAUUUAGAACAACUAUCACGGAUGCUGUUAUUAUGCAAAACAAUGGACGCGUAUCAAAACAAUUCUUUGAAGUUCGUAUUCGAAACGGAAAUGCAUUACGUGUUGCUUUCAAUGUUGGCAAUGGAAUUCAGUUGACAGAAGUUAUAACAGCACAUUGGCUUAAUGAUAAUCGAUGGCAUGUAGUACGCUUUGAACGUAAUCGUAAAGAAACACGUUUAAUUGUAGAUACACAAGAACCAUCUGUUAUCAUUGAAUCAUCACAACGUUCAUUUCAAGGAUUUGAUUUUGAUCAACCUCUUUAUGUUGGUACAACUCAGGCUUUUACAGAUGGUUAUGUUGGCUGUUUAUCAAAUCUAUUAAUCAACGGUGUUGUACAAGAUAUGCGUGGUUUAGUUGAGCGUGGUGUUUUCACUUAUGGUUUAAGUGCUGGUUGUAAACCGAAAUGUGAUACAAAUCCAUGCUUAAAUAGAGGUGAAUGUGUUGAACACUAUUCACAUUAUCUUUGUGAAUGUGGACUAACACCAUAUCGUGGUUUUAUAUGUGGACGACAAAUCGGCGGAACAUUCAACAGUGGUCCAAUGGUGAAAAUUUUACUCGGCAGACCAAAAGAUCGUUUAGGCACUGUUGAAGAAUAUAUUCAAGUUGGCUUUAAAACAAAGUCAAAACGUGGCAUACUCAUGGAAAUGCGUGGAGAAGGAGAAAGUAAUUAUAUUAUUAUCAAAGUGAACAAUAAUGGUGGAAUAACAAUUGAAUUCGAUGUUGGAUUCAAACGAUACGAAGUGACAACUAACUAUGAAAUAGACUUAACUAACGAUCAACAUCACAUGGUCUACGCAUGGAGAACGGAUUUAGGCACUAAAUGGCACUUAAAGGUCGACGAUUAUAAUGAAGUAGUAGAAGACUUCAGUAGUCUUUUAUCGCCAACAGCUGAUGUGAGAUUGGAUGACCCAUACGUCAUAUAUAUGGGUCGAAAUGAUACAAUGCAACCGGCUGACGGUUUCGAUGGAUGCAUUUAUGCUGCACAAUGGAAUAACAUUUUCCCUUUGCAUUUAGCCUAUGAAGAACCAAGAAGUGCACUGGUUGAAAUGGUUCCAGCAGAUUCUGUUCGAGAAGAUUUAUGUGGUUUCAUUGAAAUAUUACCACAACAGGAACCUGUAGAGAUACGUCCUUCUCCAGCUAUUCCACCUAAUAUUACUAUGCCAGAAGUUACAGAUGACAAAGAACGAGAAAACAGGAUUAUUGCUGGAGUCGUCUCUGGAAUAAUCCUAAUUCUAUCUGUUAUCGCCUUAGUACUAUUCUGUCGUCAUUUCACGUUUGAAAGAGGUGACUACAAGACAAGAGAAGCUAAAGGUGCAUCACGUAUGAAAACUGCUGAUAUGGCUAUACAGUUUGGGCGUACAGGACAACCAGAAGUUCAAGGAAAAGAAUGGUGGAUAUGAAUUUACGUAACUAGGUGAAAUAGUCUUUCAAAUAUACAAAUGUACUUGGUUUGUAAUUGUAAGUAAACUAUACGAAGAACAAAAAUAGCGUCAUUUUUUGAUACACUUUUGCUACAGCUCCUUUUUGUUACUUCUACAUCAUAAUUUUGUACAG